UCUUUCCUAAAGUUCCAUCCAUCUGCUCCUCAUCUCCUCAUGGAACUCUGACUGAAAAUCUUCCCACUCCCUCUCCCAUCCCCCCCCCUCAUUCUCACCAUCACCUUUUGAUAAUUCCUCAAACAUCCUACUUUUAAUUGAACCACUUCUUAAUAUGUACGACGAUAAUCCGUGGGAUACAUAAUACAUGCCACAUACUUGGGUUACAUCUCCACGUCCAUGUGCUACUACUCCUACUGGCCUACUCAAAUCAAAACCGCUACCAAGACCACCAAACCCCACCAAUAUAACCAUGUCUAGUAGUACCGGGUCCCUCCGUCAUUAAAUCGUUGCUUUUUUGGAAAAUUCCUGGAGGACAAUUUGUGAAACAGUCACCCAUUCCAGCCAUUUAUAGCAUUCACCUCCCUCGCAUAGAAUUACUCCGAACACUAGUCGACGAACACAAGACAGGAAGAUACAACUGAUAUUCAACUUCCCAUCAACAACACAACAUCUCAUACCAUACAACAUGCAUCAACCUCUUCGAAGACAACCGACCUUUCACCGCGGAAGCAGUAGCACCGCGGAUUACCAAAGGAGUGAAGAUUCUCAAGACUCUCAGAGUACAGCUCCUACCUCAAUCAAUGACAGUCCAAAUUCGACGUACGAUACCUACAACUCGACCCCGGAAAGAUUCACGUCGAGACCGGAGUACAGAACGUCCCCCUCCAUGACCUAUUUUGCUCGAUCAUCCGUGGAGACCUAUGCUUCGGGAGCAUCAGAAGAAGAAGAGCUGUUUUUGGAGCCAGAGUCGUACGAAUCAGAUCCGGAUUUCGAUGUAAAAGAGUGCCGCGAAGUGGUGGACACCGAUUUGCGUCCUACCAAUCCUGGAGAUUUUGCCGAAUACUUUCCCUCGACGAACAGACUAUUUAUUCGCCAUGACGAUACGACGUAUGAUGGAAAUAUGAAUCUUCGUGUGGACACCGAAGGAAUUAGCAGCAACGAUACUGUUCAACUGUUCCAUCUACGUAUGCAGGAUUUGAAGAAGCGUGAAUUUUCUCUCCGUCGUUAUGAACGUUCAUCCGGACGAGAAGUGUGCCAUUCCUCCCGGAAGUAUGUCAAAUCAGCUGCCGACCAACGUCCAGCCUUGACAAGAUCUGUGUCCAAUGCUUUUGCUAGUAUCCGGAAACCAGAUGUCAAGAGAACCAAUUCCAUCAUGUCAAAUAAGAGUCAAAAAAGCACUGCUGGUGUCAUAAGACAGGAUAGUGGAUAUGGCGGCUCCUUUCACGAAGACGAUACUGAAAUUGCCGAUUUCAUGUCAGAACUCAAAUUGAAAUCUCCAUCCAUUCCAACCAACACUACCAAGCUCGAAUUUUCAAAUUACGCUCAGAUUGAAGUAAAGCGCCGUGGCUCAAAAAACAACAAGCGUUAUGAGUUUCACUAUUGGGGAUUCAAAUACACCUGGAAACGUGUAGUCGAAAAGUACUCGGGUGGGAAAUCCGUUGCUUACCACUUACAUAAGGGUGAGGGACCAGCCAUUGCUCAUAUCGUCCCUGAGUUACGAUCACCAGCUCAGAUCCAAAGGGAGAAUGCUUCCGGUGGAUGGGUGCCUCCUUGCUCCAUGUGGAUCAGUGAUGAGAGCGUGGUGGAGGCACUCAGUGAUGUUGCAGAGUAUGUUAUUCUCUAUCAAUUAUUACCCUAAUCACAUUCUAAUGAUUUCCUCAGCGUCAUAAUCGCCACUGGCCUCAUCACUCUGGUCGAUGACUGUAUCAAACAACGCUUUAAUUCCAAGGCUAAACAUACACAUACCCAUUCCGUUGGUGUACCACUUACUCCACUCAAGUAUGACAUGGAGUUCGUAUCACCCAAGGCGAUGGUAGAACAUAUGUUCAAACGCACGAAUUCGAGUGGAUCAUCGAAAGGGGAGUCGCCGCUUAGAUAUCAGAAUAGUCCGACGCCUGUACGGUUUUAGUGGGCUGUAUGGGACCUUGACCUUUUCUCUUUUUCUUUGGGCUUUCUUGGGGUGUGAGAUUUAGGCGCACAGUACGACGUUUAAUACGUUGGUGGGAAUACCACAGGACCUGCGUGUCGAUGCGAGCAGGGAUGGAGUUUACACUGCAUAAGCUAUUUUGAUGAGAUACAUCAACUAUUUUCGGUGCACAGUACAUGCAUGGAUCGGGUUUGGGGGUUUUAUGGGGAUAUGAUAUG